UUUUAUCCCUAACUUCUUUUUCAGGUAAUAUUAGCAAGAUAAACCGGCAAGGAAAAAAGGAGAGCGUGUUGAUGCAUAUGUGAGUGCCUUUCUUUCUUUCCUUUAUUCUUUGAUAAUUUCUAUCAGCUAUGGUCGUGAGACUCUACAUAUCGAUAUUACUUAGUCUUUACAAUGUGGCAGCAUAUGAAUUAGAAAAAGAUGAUGAUAGUAAUAAUAGUAGCCCAAGUGCUGACGGUAGCGAUGAUGACACUGACGAUACUGAAGAUAAUUCGGAUGAUGAGUGCACCUAUCUUUCCGGGCAACACUGUGGCGAAGACGGUAUUUGCAAAUACUGUGCAAUGUGUAUCGACAGCUCCUGUAUCAAGGGCAAAGAUGAAUGUAGCACGGGUGCUUUUUAUCCAUGGUAUGGCUAUUGUUUGUCAAGCGGCAAUGAUUCCAGUGGAGACUAUUGCGCUACAAGCACACAAUGCUACCAGUACCGUCAAUCUUCUGUGACAUUUGCAUGGCACAAUUUGACAUGUAAUCCGUUCAACUGUAUGCUCGUCGGUCAGCCUAUUAUCCUAUCUCAAAACACAACAAUACAGCAUGGACAGUCAAACAUAACCCAGACGCAACCAGAGCCACAACAACCUCAUCGACAUCAUCCUAUCGCAACGACCACUUUGAUUGCAUUAUGUACCUUUAUUAGUUUUUGUCUUGCUGCCUUUAGUGUUGCCUGUUUCUUGAAGCAGCGUGUGAAAAAGAUAAACAAAAAUACGCCACCAAGCAUUCCAAGUACUGCACCACCCUCGUUCUCACAGAUCAGUAGACAGACAUCAGCCAAUGAAUCGCUGCCUUCAUACAAAUCGUCUAUACUGCCACCAAAGUAUGAACAGGCGAUCGUGACCCAAAUUCGAAGCCCAGAGUCGUGUGAAUCAUCAGUUCAUGAUGAAUAUCAAGCACCGGCGUCUUCUUCUUCUACAUGGAUGCCAGUCUAUUUCACUCGUCCUUCACAUAUAUUUCGCAGUAAUAACAAUCAUUCUACAAGCAAUAACCACCAAUAGUUUUGUUAUUAUGAAGAA